UAAUAGAUGUUUAACAUCAUUCGACAAUAGACAAGUAUAUACAUAUGAAUAUAUUAUUUCCGAUUGGUUUUGUUUGCUUGUUGGUCUCUGAUGUAUCACCGGACCCUUCGUCAAGAUCCAUUUCCUUUCUCCUUGUUUGUAUUGGAAUUGGAUUGAUUGUUGAUCGUUACUUCUACUCUUCGGUAGGUUCUAUCAUCUUUUCAGGAAAUUUAGUUGACGGGACAGUCGCCGCUUAUGUGUGUCCGUAUAUUUCCGAGAAAUAGAUACCAUGUCCGAGAGUGUUACUGCAAGUACACAGGCUCUGCGGGAGGGCUUUGCGUCGCGUCACGCUGGUGGUGCUGGAGCCUCUGCCACGAAUGUUAUGAACUAAGGGAUUUCAGUGCCGACUAGAAGGAAGUUCUGUGUCGCUCAGGUUGAUAGGCUUUCUCUCACCCUCGAUUACUUCCUCUUUUCUUGUUUCUUCUACUGUGUGAUGGAAAAAGAUCAAGCUUGCCCACUUAUUCUUUAUCUCAUGGUGAUACCCCAGUAUUUCAUAUUUCGCUCCCUUGUCUCAUUCUUCUUUCCUUGCUUCCGAUCUCCGAUUCCGCCAUUUCCCUUGAAGAUCAUUUCCUUUUUCAUAUCGCGCACGUGGGUAGAGAGUGAUGUCGACUUGGUUGCGGAGCGAGGGUUACCAGCCGAUGAAGUGUAUGAAGUGCCAAAAUUUGGCACACCAGCGAACAUUCCCGAUGUCAAGGCCUAUUUGCGAAUGUACAGGCAGAGUCUCGAUCAGCCCAAUGAUUUUUGGACACACCACAGUUACAGCAUGCUAAGAUGGAUGCAGUCAUGGCGACGACUGUGCUACGAAGAUUUAAUCAAAGUACUUACUGGCUUCCACUGUAUACUUGAUGAUGUUCUUGUUAACACUACGAGUACACCAGACAACUCUGGGUUCGCUGAUAUUGGUCUCUGAUUGGCCAUGUAGUAUCAGAUGGUAUGAGCCGAUUGCUUUCGUAUGUAGUAAAUGAAAUCGAAUUCAUCAUUUAUCCUCAACUACAUCUUUCCGAUUGAUUCAUCAUCAUUCCACUACUAAAAUAGUAAGUAAAAGUGUUUCACUUUCACGUACAAUGAAAAGGGCGAUGUCCGCUGGUUUGUGGAUGGGAAACUGAAUGUGUGCGACAACUGCGUAGACCGGUGGGCUGAGACUCAUCCAGACAGAACAGCCAUAGUAUGGGAAGGCGACGAGCCGGAUGAGGUAUGAUUUUUCUAUUGAAUUUUGAUCAAACUUUAUUUGCUUUUCGUCCAUGAAAAUAUUUUUGAUGGUUUCUUGUGUGGGUCUGGAACUUUCUGAGGACAUGCCAGCGCGGAAUUUUGAGUGAAAUGGACGAUUGUGGCACGUUUUUCUGUCUUAUUAUACAAAAGCAGCCACGAGUUCGAGUACUUAGCAAGCGUACCUGGUUGUACCCUUCAACAAUCAAUCCAGAUCCGUCGCGUGAGUUACGCCGAGCUGUUGGAGAAAGUGUGCCAGUUAGCGAACUUGCUGAAGAUGCAGGGAGUGAAGAAGGGUGACCGGGUGACGAUCUACAUGCCGAUGAUCCCGGAGGCUGCCAUGUGCAUGUUGGCUUGUGCCCGUAUCGGCGCAGUUCACAGCGUCGUGUUUGCGGGGUUCAGUUCGGUGUCCCUGCGCGAUCGCAUUCUAGAUGCUAGAAGUUCGGUUGUCCUAACAGCAAACAACGGCAUUCGUGGUGGCAAGCUGAUUAAACUGAAGGACAUUACAGACGAAGCGCUCAAUUUUCCGGCAUGCGACUUUGUCUCAAGCGUUAUCGUCUUCGACCGGAAAGGUACUCCUAACAACUUCGUCUACAAGCACGAAUCCUUUGCCGCUCAAAAUUCAUCAAAAAAAAGUCGCUCAAACCCAAGCGCUUUUUGCAAAAACUUCGCCUCAUCAUGGUCGACACAAAACUUAAGGCUCACUGUCAUUCAUCUUUCGAGGCUUUGCCAAAAAUUCGGCUCAAAAAGAUUACGCCAUCCAUCAUCCACUACAGGUGAUUGCAAUAUGGUGGCUGGUCGCGACGUCGCAGCCGAUCAAAUGCUGCCUCAGAUGCGGCCCUAUUGUCCUUGCGAGGUCAUGGACAGUGAAGACUUCCUCUUCAUGCUUUAUACCUCUGGAAGCACAGGUAAACCCAAAGGGAUUGCACAUAGCACUGCUGGUUACUUGCUCUACGCGGCCAUGACGCUGAAUUAUGACUGAAGAUGCAAAUUUUUGAAAUGCGAACAAGUACAAUUCACAGUAAACUUCAUGCAAUUUCAAUUUCUUCUAUCAUAAUUGAAACAACUCAUAGUUUUGACUGGUGCUUUUUCCGUAUCUUCAAAGGACGGCGUAUCUACAACACCACCUCGAUCAACAACACCAUCCAACGCGCUAAAAUAUGUACGUUUUCGACUACCACGAGGGUGAUUUGCACGCUUGCGUUGCUGAUGUAGGUUGGAUUACAGGGCAUUCGUACAUCGUCUACGGGCCGCUCUGUAAUGGCGCGACAACUUUCAUGUUCGAAUCGAUCCCGACAUAUCCAAAUCCCGGUCGCUACUGGGAUAUGGUCCAGCGGCACAAGAUUAAUCAGUUUUACACUGCUCCGACCGCCUUGCGGGCUCUCAUUAUGUAUGAUGCAUUUGGGGAAUAGUAUCCUGGCAUAAGCAACAUUCACAUUUUUUGUAGUGAAUACGCGGACGAGGCUAACUCAAUGGAAGAAUCGUUGUAUCCUGUUGUCAUGUGUUGAACAGGCCGAUAUGAUGAAACAAAAUCUCAUGAUUUUUUUUCAUGUUCCAGUAGUUGUUGUAGUUCCUUCCUACAGCACGAGCAUCAUAUGAUCACAAGUCGGUGUCCUCUAAGCAAGUGCGCUAUGGCACGGAUCCGGUUACACAGUAUGAUCGAAGUAGUUUGCGUAUUCUCGGGACUGUCGGUGAGCCAAUUAACCCUGAGGCAUGGCGAUGGUAUUUCGAUGUGGUUGGGGAGAAACGGUGUCCGAUUGCCGAUACUUUUUGGCAGACCGAGACCGGUGGCCACGUAGUAACGCCGCUUCCAGGGUGCACACCGAUGAAACCAGGAGCUGCCACCUUGCCGUUUUUUGGCAUCGAUCCGGUUGUUUUAGACCCCAAGACCGGCAAGGAAGUUCACGGGACUAAUGUUUAAGGCUUUUGAUGAUCUAAGUUGAAGUCAGGAAUUCAUCCCGAAACUACGCAGUGAAAGAUCAGGAGACGAUUUGUUUCAAAUUUUGCAUAUCGAUCUCUAUCCAGCUUACAUAGGUUGAACUAAAGAAGCUCUAAGAAAUUGCAGGAGUGCUGUGUAUGCGUAGAAGUUGGCCUGGGACGCUAAGAACUGUGUACGGUGACCACGACCGCAUGCUGAAUAUCUACUACAGGCCUUUUCCGGGUUACUACUUCACCGGCGAUGGCUGCAUACGCGACCGUGACUGGUAAUGCUUAUCAGAAGCGUCCGCUUGUAAGUAAGUCUUCCACAACAAACUCUCUUAAUAAAGGAGCUUACUGCUACACAACAGUCAAGAUCUUUCAGACCACCCAGCCAGUAUGGAUGGCAUGACUCAAAGGAAAGAACUGAUAGAUGAUUUAUUCGUUUUUUGUGUCUGUACCCACUAUAAUAUUUUAUGUUUUACCUAGGUAUUAUUGGAUUACCGGACGCGUAGAUGAUGUGAUAAACGUCAGCGGACAUAGGAUAGGAUCGGCAGAGAUCGAGCACGCGCUUGUCCAGAACCCUGAAGUCGCGGAGUCCGCAGUGGUAAUUUCUUACGCAUUGUAUGUGCGUGCAAAACUUGCCUAGGCAUUUUGAUUGCGUACAACAAGAACUUGUUUCAAGAGGUGCAGCUGUAGUGGCAUCCUUUUCUGUCCUAUGCCAUGCUAGUCUAGUCUGUGCAAAUCUACUUAUGCUUUGCUCUCCUAUGCUCACAGGUUGGCUUUCCGCACGAGGUGAAGGGUGAGGGCAUUUUUGCCUAUGUGCUGUUGAAGCAGGGAGCGCCCGAGCCUAGUGCAGAGUUGUGUCAGAGCUUGAAGAACUCUGUGCGGCAACAUAUAGGCCAUUUCGCAGCGCCUGACGUAGUAUUGUGCGUGCCCGGUUUGCCAAAGAUUAUGAAGGGUCAUUCGACUGUUAACAUUUCUUUUGGAACAGGCUAGCUGAGAGUGUUAUUUUCUCUCGCAGAAUGAAAAUUCUCGACGAGCCAACAGCACGAACACUUGAUAAGUCAUCUUGGUACAUGAACGGGUUGUCACAUUGUUGUUAAGAAAUGGAGUAUAUUUCUGCAUUCGGAUUAGGAACAUGCUCCUUCUAAUAACUCGCGGUCGGGGAAAAUUAUGCGUCGAAUUCUUAGGAAGAUCGCGGCUCAGGAUACCGAUAAUCUUGGGGAUGUCACGACUCUGGCAGAUCCCGGCGUUGUGGAGGAAAUCAAGGCGGUUGUAGCUUCCGGUCAAGCAAGCUGAGGUGGAGGAUUCUAUGCGUUGCGGCGAAAGGUUUGACGAACCUCUUUGUAUUCUAUGGUCCAUUCUAGAAGAAAAAUGAGGUUGCUAGAAAUGAGGAAAAUUCAUUAACAGAGCCUCGCCUAUUGCUUACUAGGUCUUGAAUAAAUGUCAUGCUCUAGGAGUGGUAGCUAUUUUUGUACAUUAAUUACUAUAACAAUCUUCAUUACUACUUGUGCUUUUCUUGAUUAACACUAGCACAUCGUACACCUUUUAUGUGACGUUGCUUUAGAGUAAAACGUCAAUUUUAAGAGGAGAUAGACGCUAAGCGAGUAUCGACUCGGUAUCAAUGUUGACCCCUCGGCGCUGCGGAUUUCGAUUUUCUUGCAUUUAGUGAGGGGAUUGGGUCGCUGAUGAUUUGGAAUGAGGUUUUUACUAACCGCGUUCAAAAUCUAGUGGCAUCCUCUACCUGUAGGCAUGUCUUUGAGUACUUAGUUGCCGGUUAAUAGUGUCACCCACCCGCCUUUCUACUAACCUUGGCCUUCCUUUUUUUGUAAAAAUAUGUACGAGCAUAGUCAUAUGGGGGCAGACGUUUAUACAUAAAAUCAAUUUACUUACAUUUUUCGCAUCUUCAUGGCUAGUUCUUGGCUAAUUUUCCUCGUCGUUGACGCGAUCAUGAUGAUCUCGUAACUUCAGGCUACUCCUGGCUCCUGAUUCCACGUAAUGCAAUGUGUAUUUAAAUAACGCAAUUGCGGGGUUUCAGUUCGGUGAUGAUGAUACUUGUUCAUCACUGAUUUGAAAGAGUCUUUUUCCCCCUCGUCCUCGAAGGUGGCAUAUGCGCGCGCGAUAUGAGGACGACUCCUCAAAAAUUAAUAAAACAAGACCAGGCGAAAGUGAAAUAAUCUGCAGCUGAGCUGCUCGCUUGCAACGGCGAUUUGUACUCGUGUGUGCG